GGUAUUUACUUUGAAAACAGAAAAAUUGGCGAUUUGAUCAAAUCUGGGUGCUUAAAUGAUGCCCAGAAGGUGUUCAACGAAAUGUCUAUACGGGAUGCUGUUACAUAUAACUUGUUGAUUUCUGGGUAUGGUCGAUGUGGGCACCCAAAACAGGCUCUACAUCAUUAUAGUGACAUGGUUUUGCAAGGAUUCAGAGAAAGUGCAUAUACAUUUUGUUCUGUUGUUAGUAUUUGUAGCGGUGCAGGGUUUCAUAGAGAAGGAAUUCAAGUUCAUUGCAGGGUGAUUUUACUUGGGUUUGAGUUGAAUUUGUAUAUUGGGAGUUCACUUGUUGAUCUUUAUAUGCAUAUGGGACUUGAUGAUGUAGCUUUGAAGUUGUUCAAUGAAUUGCCUGAACGAAAUUUAGCAACAUGGAAUUUGGUAUUACGUGGGUUUUGUGAACUGGGUAAAGCAGAUGAAGUGUUUGGAUUGUAUCAUAAAAUGAAGUUGCAGCGUUUGGAGCCAAAUGGGCUUAGUUUCUUCUAUUUGAUUCGCAGUUGCUGUGAUGAGAAAUUUUCCAGGGAAGGAAAGCAGCUUCAUGCCCAUGUGAUUAAGGUUGGAUGGACAGAGUCUAAUGUUUUUGUUGCCAAUGCUCUGGUGGAUUUUUACUCUGCUUGUAGGAGCGUAAAUGAUGCAAGAGAAUCAUUUGUAGCUAUUUCAAUGGAGGAUGUGAUAUCGUGGAAUUCAAUUGUCUCACUAUGUGCUGACAAUGGCUUAUUGUUUGAUGCUCUUGAAUUGUUUAGAAUGAUGCAGUAUUGGGGGAAAAGACCAUCAGUUCGUUCUUUUCUUGGGUUCUUAAAUUGUUCUAGUGGGAGAGGGUAUCUUCUAUUUGGGAGGCAGAUUCACUGUUUUGUUAUUAAAAUUGGCUUUUAUCACGAGGAUGUCCAUAUUCAGUCUGCUCUGAUCAAUAUGUAUGGGAAAUGCAGUGACAUUGAGAGUUCAGUUUCCAUUUACGAGAGUAGUCCUGAGAGAAAUUUGGAGUGUUGUAAUUCAUUAAUGACAUCCUUAUUGCACUGUGGCAUCAUUGAAGAUGUUCUUGAGAUGUUUGGGUUAAUGGUUGAUGAAGGAAUUGGGCCUGACGAGGUUACUCUUUCCAUAACACUGAAAGCAUUGUCAGUUCCUGGCUUUGCAAGCUUGCCCAGCUGCAGAUUGCUACACUGUUUUGCAGUAAAAUCAGGUCUUGAUUCUGAUUUUGCAGUUUCAUGUUCUCUAAUAGAUUGUUAUUCAAGAUGCGGUCAUGUUGAACUUUCUGCCAAGGUUUUCGAGGAACUUCCUUUGCCAAAUGUUGUCUGCUUUACUGCUAUCAUCAAUGGAUUUGCCAGAAAUGGAAUGGGUAGAGAAGCUGUCAAUAUGUUAGAAUCAAUGAUCCAAAAGGAUCUUAUUCCUGAUAAAGUGACAUUCUUGUGUGCACUAAACGGGUGCAACCAUUCAGGGCUAGUUGAAGAAGGAAAAAUGGUGUUUAACUUAAUGAAAUCUGUGUAUGGUGUGUACCCAGAACGGCAGCAUUAUUCUUGUAUGGUAGAUCUUUUGGGCCGUGCAGGUCUACUCAAUGAAGCUGAAGAAUUGCUGCAGCAAGCCUCUGGAAGGGGUGGUUCUGUCAUGUGGAGCUCGUUGCUAAGAAGUUGUAGGGUCCAUAGGAAAGAAGUGGUGGGAAAAAGAGCAGCAAAAGUCUUGAUGGAGCUUGAACCAGACAAUUUUGCUGUUUAUUUGCAAGCAUCCAAUUUUUAUUCUGAACUAGGGGAAUUUGAAACCUCUUUGCAAAUUAGAGAAACUGGUAUGGCGAGAAAGCUAACAAGGGAGAUUGGUCAUAGUUGUAUAGAGGUAAACCAUUAAUUAUUAGCAUUGGCUUUCAUAUACUAAUAAGAUUUGAUCACUCACAGCCAUCAAUGAGAGAUUAUCUAGAAUGUGCUUCUUGGUUUCAGAAUUGUUUUUGAAAACCGGAAUACUAUUUGUGAAGUUUUAUAUCAUCUUAAAUCUUCUAUAAAAAGGUUGCUUUAGC